AUGAUAGCGUCGACGGAUAAUAAUAAAGCAGAGAAAGAUCAUUCGGAUAAUUUAUCGUUGGCCGGAGAUGGAUUUGACACGGUGAUUAAAGCUAAACAAGCUCUUGACGCCGUCGCAAGUUGUCGUAAUAAAGUUUCUUGCGCCGAUAUUCUAACUAUAGCUACUCGCGACGUUGUUAAUCUCGUACAUGGACUAUCCUCGACGGCUGCUAGCGUCGAAGGGAAACUGCCGCAACCGACCGACGAUGUCAACAAACUCACAUCACUUUUCGCCAAAAAUGGCCUUAGCCUUAACGACAUGGUCGCUCUCUCCGGAGCGCACACAUUAGGAUUCGCUCAUUGCACCAAAGUAUUCAAUAGGAUUUACAGUUUCAACAAGACAAGUCAAGUGGAUCCUACAGUUAACAAAGCUUACGUGGCAGAACUACAAGCUUCAUGUCCUAGAAACAUAGAUCCAAGUGUGGCUAUAAACAUGGACCCAACAACACCUAGACAAUUCGAUAAUGUUUACUACAAAAACUUGCAACAAGGCAAAGGAUUGUUCACGUCUGAUCAAGAUUUGUUUACCGAUGGUAGGUCAAAGCCAACCGUUGACUUAUGGGCUAGUAAUGGACAGUUGUUUAAUCAAGCUUUUGGUAAUUCCAUGAUCAAGCUUGGUCGUGUUGGUGUUAAAAUUGGUCGUAAUGGUAAUAUUCGUCGUGAUUGUGGAGCUUUUAAUUGA